AUGCCUCAGCUCGAUACGCUCAUCUCGCAUCUCGUGGCCGCCAAACGAUCCCUCUCAUCCAUCAACCACGUGUGGCGGGCCAACGAAAUUGUCACCGCAGCACGUUCGGCCCUCGAAGAAAGCGUCAUUGUGUCAUCCAGAACUGGCUUCCUGCGUCGGGGCCUGAACAAUCAACUGCGGUUACUCUAUGAUGUUCGGUCGGAGGUGGAGCAUAUCUCGCAUCGUGGGCGACAGGACUUUUCCGAUGCCUUGAAAAGUCUUGAUGCUGCAGAUGCUCGCCUUCGGGCUACGUUAGAUCUUCUGCGGAAUACCAUCGUCCAUGCUUCAUUCCGGCCGAAAGAUGAAGAGCCAAAGUCUCUACAUGACUUUGUCGACGAGCGCGGUGUCGAGGAAUUGCAUGCCGCCAUGAAGAGCUCCAUCGACAGGACUAAUGCAGCCCGGGCGGAUCUUGAUACCUCAAAUCGUGAAUUUGACGAUGAGCUUCAAUCCAUCAAGCAGGCGCUUCGCCAAUACCGGUCGGCUACAAGGUUGGCCUCUUCCCGGGCCUCUGCAUCGUCUUCCUCAUCGUCGACAUCGGAUUCUGAUAUGCUCGCCUUAUCAACCAUGCCUAGCAUGCUCCAGUCAUUAGAAGGGCAUGCUCAGGAGAUGGCCGUUCUUCUCGAAUCUCUUGUCCGCCACUUCGACCUUUGUGUUACCGCAGUGAAGCACACCGAAGGUGGUGGUGCAGCUGCCCGAUCAAUCACAGGAGACAUGCCAGCCGAAGUCCAGGCUAAUUCUGACGCGAUGCCGCAUAUUGGCGAAGAAAUCCAUGCCAAUCUAAAUGCUCCCUUGGAUCCGCUAAGCAACUCGGAAUACCUCGAAAUGGUGAAUGUGCUGGUGAAAGACGCGCUCGAAGCCGAGGACGUUGUCAUGGAGAUCCAAGAUCGCAUCAACGAAAUGGAAUCCAUCCAUGAGCAGGUAAAUGCGCAGCGAGAUGCGCUUAUAGCGAUCUCCAGUGCGACGCUCGAGGUUCACCAGCACUUGUCAACAUUGGCCUCGACUCGCCUUCCACGGGAAAAUGACCGCAUCAAUGCCGGUUUAGCAGAGCUUUCUGACCUGCAUUCCCUCUAUGAUGGCUUCUUGAAUGCCUACGACAGCCUCAUACUUGAAGUGAACCGUCGAAGCCAGGUUCGUUCCAGAGUAGAGAAGGUCCUUCGAGACACGAGGAAUAAACUGAAUCAUCUUUACGAUGAAGACGUCACCGCCCGAGAAGCGUUCCGCGUCGAACAGGGUGAUUUCCUUCCUUCGGAUAUCUGGCCAGGCAUUGGCCGGGCACCCAUGCAGGUCCAAUUUCAGCGCAUAGCGGGCGGUCAGCUCGAAGGUGUUUUUGAGGAAGGACGAGACACGGAAGAUCUUACUGAGACUCAAAGGGCUGCUGAAGGCACGACUCGUGGUGUUACUGAUGACACUGCAGAGGGUGAACUUAUUCCCAGUCUGCCAAAGGACGUCGUUGACCAGGCAUAUGCUCGCCUCAAAGCGCGAACCCGUGCCUUUGCUUGA